AUGCGCGCGCGUGCAUCGGAGUGGGGCCGCCCGCGGCGCGGGUGUGCGUGUGGGCGCGCGUGGCGGGGUGCCGAGGGGCCCCGCGCCGCCGCCAACGCCGCCGCCAAACUUCCACUCUCCUCCCCGGGCCCCCGCUCCGGGCCCCCCGCGCGGCAGCUGUCAAAACUUGGGCGGCCGCCGCCCGGCCUGACAGCGUCCGCGGGGGGCGGGCCCGUCCUCGGCCGCGUCCCCGGCCCCGUCCUCGGCCCUCGGCCCCGGCCCCGGCCCGUGCGUGUCCGGGACCCGCCGCCGCCCGCCCCCGGCGCCGCGGGGCGAUGCGAGAGGCUGAGGCGGGCCUGCAGGCACCCCGAGCAGCGGAGGCGGAGGCGGAGGCGCGGGCGGAGGCGGCGGGCCACGGCGGGGAGCGGCCCCCCCGGCGCCCCCCGGGGCCCAGCGCCCCGGGCCGCGCACCACUGGAUGUCGUCGGAGGGAGGACCGCGGGCGCCCGAGCGGCCCCCGGAGAGGCCCUGCGCCCCGGCCCGAGCCCCGCCCGCCGCCGCAGACAAAAGACCUCGGGGCCGGCCGCGCAAAGAUGGCGCUUCCCCCUUCCCGAGGGCCAGAAAGAAGCCUCGAAGCAGAGGAAAAAAUGCAGUGGAAGAUGAAGACAGUAUGGAUGGGCUGGAGACAGCAGAGGCAGAAAACACUGUGGAAACAGCAGAAAUCAAAGAACAGUGCGCAGAGGAGGACGCUGAAGUGGAAGCGGAUGGCAGCAGGCAGCGUGCUGGGCCCGAGGAACCCCCCGGGAUGCUGGUGUCAGUGGCGGUGGAAGCCAAGAUCAGUGAACAGCUCUGCGCCUUUUGUUACUGCGGUGAGAAAAGUUCCUUAGGACAGGGGGACUUAAAGCAGUUCCGUGUGACCCCUGGGUUCCUUGUACCGUGGGGGAGCCAGCCUAGCUUCCAGAGUGACUCCGAGGGCAGCGGCCACAGUGCCUGUGACAAGUUGCCCAGCUCAGCACUGCGGAAGUCCCGAACUCAGAGAAGAGAACGAUGCCCUCGGCAGGACCUGGUGUCGUGUGUAAGUGUGAGCACACAGACGGUUUCUGAGGACCAGGCCGGGAAGCUCUGGGAUGAACUCAGCCUGGUCGGCCUUCCGGAUGCCAUAGAUGUCCAAGCCUUAUUCGAGCCCACAGGUACUUGCUGGGCUCACCGCCGCUGUGUGGAGUGGUCUCUGGGCGUGUGCCAGAUGGAGGAGCCCGCCUUAGUGAACGUGGACAAAGCUGUCGUCUCAGGGAGCACAGAGCGCUGUGCAUUUUGUAAGCACCUUGGAGCCACUAUUCGAUGCUGUGAAGAGCGAUGUACCCAAAUGUAUCAUUUCCCCUGUGCCGCGAGUGCUGGCACCUUCCAGGACUGCAGGCACUUCUUCCUCCUCUGCCCAGACCACAUUGACCAGGCUCCAGAGAGAUCAAAGGAAGAUGCGAAUUGUGCGGUGUGCGACAGCCCGGGAGACCUCCUGGACCAGUUCUUCUGCACCACCUGUGGGCAGCACUAUCACGGCAUGUGCUUGGACAUAGCCGUCACACCACUCAAGCGUGCUGGCUGGCAGUGCCCCGAGUGCAAAGUGUGCCAGAACUGCAAACAGUCGGGAGAGGACAGCAAGAUGCUGGUAUGUGACACCUGUGAUAAAGGCUACCACACAUUCUGUCUCCAGCCGGUCAUGAAGUCAGUACCAACCAAUGGCUGGAAAUGCAAAAAUUGCAGAGUCUGCAUGGUCUGUGGUACACGCUCUAGUUCUCAGUGGCACCACAACUGCCUGGUUUGUGAUAGCUGUUACCAGCAGCAGGAUAACUUGUGUCCUUUCUGCGGGAAGUGCUGCCAUCCGGAACUUCGAAAGGACAUGCUUCACUGUAACCUGUGCCGCAGAUGGGUUCAUUUAGAAUGUGACAAACCAACAGAUCAUGAACUGGAUUCUCAGGUCAAAGAAGAUUACAUCUGCCUGUAUUGUAAACACUUGGCGGCUGAGAUGGACCCUUUCCAGCCUGGUGUGGGCAUGGACAUGACCCACCUUGACACAGAUUAUAGCAAUGAAAUGGAAGUUGAAGGAUCCGAAGCCCAUGUGGUGUUUCUGAAAAACACGACUAGCACUGCUAUCAAUGGCCAGGAUUCAGAGCCUGGAAUUGUUCCAGAAGCAGUGCAGAUGCCCACGGAUGAGCAGUGGCAGAGAAGUGCGCCACAGAGUCCCGGCACACCAAGCCUUCCCCUUGCUGAAGCAUCUCAGGAUAAAAUGAGUCCUGAAGUGGAAAACCUGAUUUCUCAUGAAGCAGCCGCAUCACCUCAGCAUGUUUGUCACAAAACUCCAAGUGGAAAUGAGGUGGGAGAGAUGGAGGACAUGGGGAUGUCGGCCCACCAGACAGUUGUCCAGCCCAAGAAGCUGGAUUACUCAGAGGACCCUCAAGUGGUAUUACCCCCAGAAGCAGCAGGGCCUGCAGAACAGGUUGCAUGCCCCGUUACUGUCCUCCCAGAAGCCUCAGUGCCCUCAGGCGAGGACAGUACUGCACUAUUGUCAAACGAUCUGCUGGCCAUCACAAGGGCACACGAAAAGACGGAGCAGACAGAAAGUUCUGGCCCUUCAGUCGCACUUACGGAUUUAGAAAUCACUCUGCCGCCCAUGGAAAGUCAUGUGAAAGAGGGCUCAGGCCCUGAUGAUGGACCGGGCAGCGUGCCCCCUGAUCCCCCAUCAGCGUUUCUGGCCACAGCCACCUCGCCACCACCCACUGCAGACUUGCCUUCUCCUGGCCCGCUGCCCGGUUACCCAGCCACCCUCCCCACACCUGCCUAUGUUGCUGUCACGCCAAAGAUUGGCAUGGGCAAACCAGCUAUCACCAAAAGGAAAUUUUCUCCUGGAAGACCACGGUCCAAGCAGGGGGCCUGGAGCGCCCAUAGCAUGAGCCCGCCCUCCUGGUCCCCCGACACUCCAGAAGGCCGGGACAUUUUUAAACCCAGGCAGCUUGCAGGCGGGCCCAUUUGGAGCAUCAAAGUGGGUCGAGGGGCAGGAUUUCCAGGAAAGCGGAGACCUCGUGGUGCUGGGCUUGCUGGACGUGGUGGCCGAGGCCGGUCCAAGUUGAAAAGUGGCCUUGGGGCGGUGGUGUUACCCGGGGUGUCGGCCGCAGACCCUGCUUCCACCAAGGAUGAGGAGGAGAACUCGAUGCACAACACAGUCGUCCUUUUCUCCAGCAGCGACAAGUUCACCUUGCACCAGGACAUGUGCGUGGUGUGCGGCAGCUUUGGUCAAGGGGCCGAGGGGCGGCUGCUGGCCUGUUCGCAGUGUGGUCAGUGUUACCAUCCUUACUGUGUCAGUAUUAAGAUCACGAAGGUGGUUCUUAACAAGGGCUGGCGAUGCUUGGAGUGCACGGUGUGCGAGGCAUGUGGGAAGGCCACCGACCCUGGACGCCUCCUGCUGUGUGACGACUGUGACAUCAGCUAUCACACCUACUGCCUGGACCCUCCACUGCAGACCGUGCCCAAGGGGGGCUGGAAAUGCAAAUGGUGUGUGUGGUGUAGACACUGUGGAGCCACAUCUGCUGGCCUGCGCUGUGAGUGGCAGAACAACUACACUCAGUGUGCGCCCUGUGCCAGCCUGUCUUGCUGCCCCAUCUGCGGUCGCAACUACCGGGAAGAAGCUCUGAUCCUGCAGUGUCGCCAGUGUGACAGGUGGAUGCAUGCGGUUUGUCAGAACUUAAACUUGGAAGAGGAAGUGGAGAGUGUGGCUGAUGCGGGCUUUGACUGCAGCCUGUGCCGGCCCUACAUGCCCACGCACAAUGUGCCUUCCUCAGACUGCUGUGAAUCUUCACUUGUAGCACAGAUUGUCACGAAAGUGAAAGACAUAGAUCCGCCCAAGAUCUACACCCAGGACGGCGUGUGCUUGACGGAGUCUGGGAUGACUCAGCUCCAGAGCCUCACUGUCACAGUGCCACGAAGGAAACGCUCCAAGCCCAAAUUGAAGUUGAAGAUCAUCAAUCAGAACAGCGUGGCUGUCCUUCAGACACCCCCUGACGUCCAGUCGGAGCAUUCUCGAGAUGGGGAGAUGGAUGAUAGUCGAGAAGAACUGAUGGACUGUGAUGGAAAAUCAGAGUCGAGCCCUGAACGAGAAGCUGCAGAGGAUGAAACUAAAGGAGUAGAAGCGGCUGAGGGUGUUAAAAAGAGGAAAAGGAAACCAUACAGACCAGGUAUUGGUGGAUUCAUGGUUCGCCAAAGGAGCCGAACCGGCCAAGGGAAAGCCAAGAGAGGUGUUGUCCGCAAAGACUCGUCCGGCUCUGUUCCUGAGCAGCUGCCUAGCAGAGAUGAUGGCUGGAGUGAGCAGUUACCAGAUAAUCUAGUUGAUGAAUCUGUUUCUAUUACUGAGAACACUGAAAAAAUAAAGAAGAGAUACCGGAAAAGGAAAAAUAAGCUUGAAGAAACUUUCCCUGCCUACUUACAAGAAGCUUUCUUUGGAAAAGACCUUCUAGAUACAAGUAGACAAAACAAGUUAACUUUAGAUAAUCUUUCAGAAGACACAGCUCAGCUUUCGUAUAAAACAAACAUGAACUCGAAUUUUUUGGACCCUUCUUUAGAUCCAUUACUUAGUUCAAGUUCGACUCCAGCCAAACCUGGAAUUCAAGGCACUUCUGAGGACCCGCUGGCUGAUAUUUCUGAAGUCUUAAAUACAGAUGAGGACAUUCUUGGAAUAAUCUCAGACGACCUUGCAAAAUCAGUCGAUCCUUCAGCUGGAGUGGACAUUGGUCCAGUCGCUGAUGAUCCUUCCUCUCUGCCUCCGCCGGGUGUCAGUCAGAGUUCACGGCCUCUCAGCGAAGAGCAGCUGGAUGGGAUCCUGAGCCCAGAGCUGGACAAAAUGGUCACAGAUGGGGCUAUUCUGGGGAAGCUGUAUAAAAUUCCAGAGCUUGGUGGGAAGGAUGUGGAGGAUUUGUUCACAGCUGUGCUCAGUCCUGUCACCCCACAGCCACCUCCUGCCCCACAGAUGCUGCCCAUUCACGGACAGGAUGUUUUCUCUCGGAUGCCUCUCAUGAAUGGCCUGAUUGGACCUGCUUCUCAUCUCCCUCAUAGUUCUCUGCCUCCUGGAAAUGGAUUGGGGACUUUCUCCCCUUACACUGACGCUCGAGAUAAGAAUCCAUCCUAUAAUGCCAUGGCGAAUGAUCCGCAUGGGCCCUGGACAUCAGCCACCCCUGCUGUGGAUGGUGACAACGAUGCCAUGUCGAAUGCUCAGAGAAGUACCCUCAAGUGGGAGAAGGAAGAGGCAUUGGGCGAGAUGGCAACGGUGGCGCCUGUCCUGUAUACCAACAUCAACUUCCCCAACCUCCGGGAAGAGUUUCCAGACUGGACGACUAGAGUGAAGCAGAUUGCUAAAUUGUGGAGAAAAGCCAGCUCCCAGGAGAGAGCACCAUAUGUGCAAAAAGCCCGUGACAACAGAGCCGCUCUGCGUAUCAACAAAGUGCAAAUGUCGGGCGAGUCCCUGAAAAGGCAGCAGCAGGACUGCACCGACCCUGGCUCACGAGUGGAUUCCGAUCUCUUCAAGGAUCCACUGAAGCAGCGCGAGUCAGAACAUGAGCAAGAGUGGAAAUUCCGACAGCAAAUGCGCCAGAAAAGCAAGCAGCAAGCUAAGAUCGAAGCUACGCAAAAGCUCGAGCAGGUGAAGAAUGAGCAACAGCAGCAGCAGCAACAACAGCAACAGCAGCAGCAGCAGCAACAACAGCAGCAGCUCAAGCACCACUCAGGGCCACUUGGAGCUCCGUCGGCAGCCGACACACCUGGCAGUGGGGUCCACAGCCCCAUGGCCCCUCAGCCUGGCAGUGCUUCCCCUGCACAGCCCUUCCACAAGGACAUGUUCUCAAAACAGCUCCCCGGCACCCCGACGUCAUCAGCCUCCGAUGAUGUCUUUGUCAAGCCGCAGGUGCCCCGGCCUGCUGUGCCCCCAGCCCGGGUCCCCGUACCUGAGAGUCUGCCAGCCUCACAGCCUACCCCACACCCCUUCCCAGCCGGCCCGCCUUCCUCCCGGCCCACAUCUCCCGUGGAUCCUUAUGCCAAGAUGGUUGGCACCCCAAGGCCACCUCCCAGCAGCCACAGCUUCCCCAGGAGGAGCCCUGCAGUGCUGGGCGAGAAUUGUCCCCCCACAGCGUCAGCCUCGGGGUCCAGGCCCGCUCCCAUGAGUGACAUGGCGGCGACCAGGUCCACCCCGGCUCGUGAGCCCUGCUCUUCCCCGGCCAGCAGCGACCCCUAUGUGAAGCCUCCUGACACGCCAAGACCCAUGAUGCCACCUGACCCCUUUGCCAAACCCCUGGGCCUGCCCCGGUCUCCUGUUGUGUCUGAACCUCCUGCCAAAGGCCCCCCUGCCCCAGGAGCUAGUGACCUGUUCCCAAAGCCACCCCUGAGGGCCGAUGUGUUUCAGAGGCAGCGGAUCCCCGACACGUAUGUGCGGCCCUUGCUGGCUCCAGCCCCUCUCGAUGGGGGACCCUUUAAGACCCCCUUGCAGCCGCCUCUGCCCUCCCAGGACCCAUAUGGGCCAGUGGCUCAGGUACCCAGACGCCUACCAGUGGACCCCUAUGACAGGCCCCCUCUGACCCCCCGGCCUGUCGAUAACUUUGCCCACCCACAACCCAGUGACCCAUAUGGCCAACCCCCCCAUACCCCACACCCUGCAGUGGCGCCCGAACCCCUUGCCCACUCCUCCAGGACCUUUCCUCAGCCCGGAGCCAUCACACGGCCCACAUCUCAGGACCCCUAUGCCCAGCCACCUGGAACGCCCAGACCAGUGGGUGACCCCUACUCCCAGCCUUCUGGAGUAUCUUGUUCCAAUCCAGACCCCUAUGCUCAGCCUCCUGGGACCCCGAGGCCACCUACCAUGGUCCCCUAUGGUCCUCAAACUCCCAACCCACGGCCACCUGCACAGGUGGAUUUGUUCACUCCAGCACCGGCUGCCGCUGAUCCUAGGCAUUCCGACCCAUACGCACAGCCGCCUGGAACUCCCCGGCCAGGGAUUUCUGUUCCCUAUCCUCAGCCACCAGCAGCACCAAGGCCUAGGACCUCUGAGGGUUUUCCUCGAGCUGUGAUGACUAGGCCAGGCCUCCUGCCUAAUCAGGACCCUUUCCUGCUGCCAGGACAGCAUCGUGGCCCGGCUCUGCCAGGCCCCUUGGCAAGGCCCCCCGACACCUGCCCUCAACCACCGAGGGCAGAAGCCUUUCACCAUGGAUCCCCCUCUGCAGCACGGGACCCCUACGACCAGCCUCCCAUGACACCGAGACCUCAGCUGGACUCCUUUGGGUCGGGCCAGGCCCCUCGAGAUACGGCUGACCCAGCGAGACCCGGGUCUGAGGGGAGCUUUGGUGUGCCUUCCCGCCCGCCCCUGAACCCUCCAGCCCAGCCGUUCUCUGGCAUGAACCGACUCCCAGGACCACCAGCUGGGAUACCACCAGCCGGAGUCCCAGAGACACAGAGCACUGGGAACACGUCCCAGGCGGACGCAGAGAAAUUGAGACAGCGACAGAAGCUGCGUGAGAUCAUCCUGCAACAGCAGCAGCAGAAGAAACUGGCCAGCCGGCAGGACAAAGGGUCGCAGGAUCCACCUGCGCCGCUCCCAGGCCCGCUGCAGCACUGGCAGCCUGAGACCCUCGGGCAGAACUUCGCCCGGCCCGCCCCUCCCUAUCCGGGGAGCCUCCGUGCUCCUAGUGGCCCUGCCUUGGUGCCCAGAUACGCUGUUUUCCCGAAAGAGCCGCGGGGACCCUAUGCUCCUGAUGUCAGCAGCAUGGGCAUAAGGCCACAUGGAUUUAGAUUCGGAUUUCCAGGAGGUGGUCCUGGUGCCCUGGCGGGCCAGGAAAGUUUCCUGGUGCCCCCCCAGCAGCUGCCAAGCUCUGGAGUCCCAUCACAGCUACGCAGGUCCAUGUCAAUGGACAUGGCCCGUCCUGUCCAUGGCGGGCCACUGGGCCAACACUUUCCCUCACAGGGUCUGCCACUGCAGCAGCACAACAUCCUGGGCCAGGCCUUCAUCGAGCUUCGGCACAGAGUCCCUGAGGGAAGGCCACGGCUUCCGGGCCCCACUGCCACUGCUCCUGAGCUGCCUUCGCAUCCCCGGCAUGGAAAUUUUCUGCCUAGGACAGACUUUGCGGUGCCCCGACCUACCGACCCCAUGAGACGCCUCUCCCAGGGUCUGCCCAGUCAGCUCCCCAUACACCCCAGUCUGGACCUGCUGCCGCCACCCCAGCAGGAUCCGGGCCACCCACGGCUCCUGGGCCAGCCUCUGGCCAGCGAGUUCUCUGAGGCUUCACUGUCCACGCCACCUCCAUCUCAGCAGUCUCCUGCCAACUUGGCCAUCACCCCGCAGCCCUCUGAUGGGCUGGAGGAGAAGCUGGAUGCCGACGACCCAUCUGUGAAAGAGCUGGACGUGAAGGACCUGGAGGUCAAAGACCUGGAUGACGAGGACUUGGAGAACUUGAACCUGGAUACAGAGGACAAGAGUGAUGAACUGGACACGUUGGGGAACCUGGAAGCCAACGAUCCGAACCUGGACGACCUCCUGCGGUCGGGAGAGUUCGACAUCAUCGCAUACACAGACCCAGAGCUGGAUGUGGGCGAUAAGAAAAGUAUGUUUAACGAGGAACUGGACCUCCAUGAUCCCAUCGACGACAAGCUGGAUGCCCCAUGUGCGUCUGUGGAACUGUCCAAAAAGGAGCCAGAAGAGAAAACCGUGGUGCCUUUGGAUCCACCGUCCCCGUGGAGAAAACCUGCUGCUCCCAGUGAGAUCAAAAUGGAGGACUUGUCUCCAGCUCCAAAAGCAGAAAGCAAAGGCGAAGCCGAGAAGAGCGAGGAGGAGGGCAAAGAUGCUGUGGGCACGCCCUGUUCACAGGCUUCCACGCACCCUGACGGGAGUGAGGGAGAGAAGGCAUCUCUGGCCACCUGUGAGACGGAGCCCCUGGAGAAAAGAUCCACUGGAGAAGCUGCCAGCUGCAGCACUAAUGAGGCCAUUGGGUCUACCCCGAAGCCUGCACAAGACACCAUGCAGGCCCAUAGCAUCACGGGUUCCACCCCGGUUCUCUCCAGUUUACUUGCGACCGAGAAACCCGACAAUUCUGAACUCAGACCCUCACGCUCCCCACCGUCACCGCCACCCACUGUGUCGGCCUCCCCGUCUGGACCUGGCCCAGGCUUGCCCCCAAGCCACACUCUGGAGGGCACCGUCAACACUAGUGUUUCUGUGGUGUCGAGGCUCAACCACAAUUUUGCACAGGCAGUGCCAGUAAAUCCAGGCUUUGUGGGGGGACAGUUGCCAGCGGCUCACGGCUUUGGGACAGGAAAACCCCCAAGUCAAACUGUGCCUCUGACCGGUCAGUCUGCGAACGGCAACAUGGCCGGAUCCCAGCAGCUCCUAAUUCCUCAGAAUUUAGCCCAGCAGAGUCGUGAGCGACCCCUGCUCUUGGAGGAGCAGCCUCUGCUUCUACAGGACCUUCUGGAUCAAGAGAGGCAGGAGCAGCAGCAGCAACGGCAGAUGCAGGCCAUGAUCCGCCAGCAGCGCUCUGAGCCCUUCUUCCCCAAUAUUGAUUUCGAUGCAAUUACAGAUCCCAUCAUGAAAGCCAAAAUGGUCGCUCUGAAAGGUAUCAAUAAAGUGAUGGCACAGAGCAACAUGGGCAUGUCAACCAUGGCCAUGAGCAGGUUCCCCUUCAUGGGCCCUCCCGUGCCUGGAGCCCAGAACAGUGACAGCCAGACCCUCCUGCCUCAAGCCAUCGCUCAGGAUGGCAGUAUAACACAUCAGAUUUCUAGGCCUAAUCCUCCAAAUUUUGGUCCAGGCUUUGUCAAUGAUACACAACGCAAGCAGUACGAAGAAUGGCUACAAGAAACUCAGCAGCUGCUACAAAUGCAGCAGAAGUACCUGGAGGAGCAGAUCGGGGCGCACAGGAAGUCCAAGAAGGCCCUUUCAGCCAAGCAGCGCACUGCCAAGAAGGCGGGGCGCGAGUUCCCCGAGGAGGAUGCCGAGCAGCUGAAGCACGUCACAGAGCAGCAGAGCAUGGUGCAGAAGCAGCUGGAACAGAUUCGCAAGCAGCAGAAAGAGCAUGCGGAGCUGAUCGAAGACUAUCGCCUGAAACAGCAGCAGCAGCACUGUGCCCUGGUGCCCCCCACAGGCAUACCUGGGGUCCAGCCACAACCCGCCCUGAGCCAGCCCAGCUUCCCUCUGGGCCCGCCUCAGCAGCACCCAGCAGCCAGCAUCUCAGGUCACAGCAGCCCCGCCAGGAUGCCUUCAUUGCCUGGCUGGCAGCCAGCGCCUACCCCAGCGCACCUGCCCCUCACCCCACCCCGGCUGCCCAUGAAAGCCUGUGCACCAACCCCCGGAGCCCCCCAGAACAGUGGGCCACCGCCGCGGGUAGAAUUCGACGACAACAACCCCUUCAGCGAGGGCUUCCAGGAGCGGGAGCGCAAAGAACGGUUGCGGGAGCAGCAGGAGCGCCAGCGGGUGCAGCUGAUGCAGGAGGUGGACCGGCAGCGAGCACUGCAGCAGCGGCUGGAGGUGGGCCCACACGGCUUGCUGGGCACUGAGCUGGGCCCCUUCAGUGGCCCGGCCCUGCCCUGCGACUUUGUACAGCAUCCUCGGGCCCUGCCGCCAUCGCCCCAGCACCCGCCGCUGCCACCUCAGACUCUCCCGAGGCCCAUGAACUCGCCCCCAGCCCAGACCUUCCUGCCGGCCAGUGAGCGCAGGCCUGGAGGCCCCCCAUCCAUUUCUGCUGGGAGCCCCAACUUCCAUCCCGGGAAGCAGGGCCAUGGAGUUCUCUCAGUGGCAAGGCCCCCAUUUCCCGCCCCGCCGGUGGCUAUCAGUGGCCCCUGUGGUCAGGACCCAGGAGCCAGCCCUGGCCUGAGCCAAUCCGGCUCAGCGCAGCCCCUCAACCAACUGUACUCGGACAUCCUCCCAGAGGAGAAGAACAAGAAGAAGAGGGUCCGGAAGAAGCGGAAAGAGGAAGAUGCGGAGCCUACUGGGGCUCCCUCCACACCGCACUCAGACAGCACGGCUCCUCCCACGCCGGGCCCCUCAGAACCUACUUCCACUCCUGGUGAGCUGCCACCUCAGAAAGACAGUGAGGCCGGAGAAACUGAGUCUGACAGCAAACCGGUUCCUGCUCAGGACCCCAGCCAGCUGUCAUACACCGAUCCCAAGGAAACACCCCCAGCUGGGGACAUGCCUGUCGCGGCAGCGGCGGUGGACGAUGGGGUCAAAACGGAGGGUGACGAGUGUGAUCGGAGCCCCGGACAUUGUGGAUCCCAAAUGGAAGCACCUGGCUUGGGACCUGAGCCUGGGGAAGGGGCUGCAGCCUCUCCGGGCUCCUCAGGACAGAGCCCUGCCCCAGUCAUCAAGGCUGAGUCCAGCAACGAGCUCCUGAAACACCUGCUGAAGAACAAGAAAGCAGCUUCCCUCUUGGGCAGGAGGCCCCGGGACGGCUACCCGGACACCCUGGGCCCAGGCUUGCCGGCUUUGGGGGCUCCCAUGCAAGGCAGUUUUGCAUGUGGCAACAGCCAGUUGCCAAGAGCCGAUGGUUGUGGAAGCGAAAUUAAGAAACAGCGAAGCAAACGGACUCAGAAGACUGGGGAGAAGGCAGCGCCCCGCUCCAAAAGAAGAAAAAAGGAGGAGGAGGAGAAGCAGGCCAUGUACGCGGGCAUGGGCGGAUUCUCCCACCUGAAACAGCAGCUCUCUCUGCUCCCUCUCCUGGAGCCAGUCAUUGGAGUCAACUUUGCGCACUUUCUUCCCUACGGCAGUGGCCGAUUCAGUAGUGGGAAUCGGCUCCUGGGCGCCUUUGGCAGCGCUGCCCUGGAAGGCGCAUCCGACUACUACUCCCAGCUCAUCUACAAGCAGAAUAAUUUAAGUAAUCCUCCAACACCCCCUGCCUCUCUUCCUCCUACACCACCUCCUAUGGCUUGUCAGAAGAUGGCAAAUGGUUUUGCAACUACUGAAGAGCUUACUGGAAAAGCUGGAGUGUUCGUGAACCACGAAGUUACCAAAAACCUUGGACCUAAACCCUUUCCGCUGCUGUUCAGACCCCAUGAAGACCUGUUAGCCAGGGCCAUUGCCCAGGGCCCAAAGACGGUGGAUGUCCCAGCGUCACUGCCUACGCCGCCUCAUAACGCUCAGGAGGAGCUCAGGCUUCAGGAUCAGGGUGGAGACAGUCCUGACAGCUUCGUCCCCUCCUCCUCCCCUGAAAGCGUCGUGGGCGUGCAGCUGAGCCGCUACCCCGACUUGUCUCUGGUCAAAGAGGAGCCCCUGGAGCCGGCGCCAUCCCCCAUCAUCCCCCUGCUUCCCAGCAGAGGUUGGGAGCCAAGAAGGAGUGACAUCAAAGCUGAGCCCGGCUCCUUCUUUUUCACGCCGCCACUCGGUGCAUCCCCAAACGGGCCCAGGUCGGGUCUCAUUUCUGUAGCAAUCACUCUGCAUCCUGCAGCUGCUGAGAACAUUAGCAGUGUUGUGGCUGCAUUUUCUGACCUCCUCCAUGUCCGAAUCCCUACCAGCUAUGAGGUUAGUACUGCUCCAGAUGUUCCAUCCAUGGGUUUGGUCAGUACCCAGCGAGUAAACCCAGGUAUGGAGUAUCGACAGCAUUUAUUUCUUCGUGGGCCUCCACCAGGAUCUGCACACCCUCCCCGAUUAGCCAGCCCUUACCGGCUGAAGCAGCCAAGUGUCUCAUUUCCUCCAACAAACAACGGUCUCUCUGCCUACCAAGAUGCAAAAUCCAGUGUCGCUGAGAGCACGGCCCCCCGCCCACAAUGGUGCUGCCACUGCAGAGUGGUCGUUCUCGGAAGUGGGGUGCGCAAAUCUCCCCGAGACCUGGCCUUCGCGAGCAAGGACUCUCGAGAAAGUGCCAGCCGGGUAGAGAAGGACAUUGUGUUUUGCAGUAAUAACUGCUUUCUACUGUAUUCAUCAACCACACAAGCAAAAAACUCAGAUAGCAAGGAAAGUGGCGCCCUGCUCCCACUGUCACCUCUGCGGGAGGCUCCGUCCAGAACCUUCCACCAGUACAGCAACAAUACCUCAGCCUUGGAUGUGCACUGCCUGCCCCAGCUCCAGGGCAGCACUUCACCCCGGGCCUCGCCACCUCUCCCAUUUCCACCCGCCCUGGAGGCUGCCGCAGUGCAGGCCAAGCCCGAUGAGCUGAAGGUGACGGUGAAACUGAAGCCCCGGCUGCGGACCCUGCCAGGCUUCGAGGACUGCCGGCCCCUUAGCAAGAAGUGGCGGGGCAUGAAGUGGAAGAAGUGGAGCGUUCACAUUGUCCUCCCGAAGGGUGCGUACAAGGCACCGGCCGAGGAGGAGAUUGAUGAAGUCCUCACCGAGCUGGGCACCUCCCUGCGCCCUGACCCGGCACCCCGGGACUACCGCAAGUGCUGCUUUUGCCACGAGGAGGGCGACGGACUUACCGAUGGGCCCGCCAGGUUGCUCAACCUCGACCUGGACCUCUGGGUGCACCUCAACUGUGCUCUGUGGUCCACUGAGGUGUACGAGACGCAGGCCGGGGCCCUCAUCAACGUGGAGCUGGCGCUGCGCCGAGGCCUGCAGAUGAAGUGCGUCUUCUGCCACAGGACAGGUGCCACCAGUGGCUGCCACCGCUUCCGCUGUGCCAACACCUACCACUUCACGUGCGCCCUCAAAGCACCUUGCAUGUUCUUCAAGGACAAGACCAUGCUGUGCCCAGCGCACAAGCCCAAGGGCGUGCACGAGCAGGAGCUGAGCUGCUUUGCCGUGUUCCGGCGCGUGUUUGUGCAGCGCGACGAGGUGCGGCAGGUGGCCAGCAUCGUGCAGCGCGGCGAGCGUGAGCAUACUUUCCGUGUGGGCAGCCUCAUCUUCCACACCAUCGGGCAGCUGCUGCCCCAGCACAUGGCCGCCUUCCACUCGCCCAAGGCGCUCUUCCCCGUGGGCUACGAGGCCAGCCGCCUGUACUGGAGCACCCGGCAUGCACACCGGCGCUGCCGCUACCUCUGCUCCAUUGGGGACCAGGAUGGUCGCCCUGUCUUUAUCAUCCGCGUGGUGGAGCAAGGCCAUGACGACCUGGUGCUGAGUGACUCCUCGCCCAAAGGAGUCUGGGACAAGAUUCUGGAACCCGUGGCAAGUGUGCGGAAGCAGUCGGACAUGCUGCAGCUCUUCCCGGCCUACCUCAGGGGGGAAGACCUGUUUGGACUCACCGUCUCUGCUGUGGCCCGCAUCGCUGAAUCACUGCCAGGUGUCGAGGCGUGUGAGAACUACACCUUCCGCUAUGGCCGGAACCCCCUCAUGGAGCUCCCCCUCGCUGUGAACCCCACGGGUUGUGCCCGCUCGGAGCCCAAAAUGAGUGCCCAUGUCAAGAGGUUCGUGUUAAGGCCUCACACCCUGAAUAGCACCAGCGCCUCCAAGUCCUUCCAGAGCACAGUCACUGGCGAGCUGAAUGCGCCCUACAGCAAGCAGUUCGUGCACUCCAAGUCCUCACAGUACCGCAAGAUGAAGACAGAGUGGAAGUCCAACGUGUACCUGGCCCGCUCGCGUAUCCAGGGCCUGGGCCUCUAUGCAGCCCGGGACAUUGAGAAGCACACGAUGGUUAUCGAGUACAUCGGGACCAUCAUCCGCAACGAGGUGGCCAACCGGAAGGAGAAACUCUACGAAUCUCAGAACCGGGGUGUGUACAUGUUCCGCAUGGAUAAUGACCAUGUGAUUGACGCCACUCUCACGGGUGGGCCUGCCAGGUACAUCAACCAUUCAUGCGCCCCGAACUGUGUCGCAGAGGUGGUAACUUUUGAAAGAGGCCACAAGAUCAUCAUCAGCUCCAACCGGCGGAUCCAGAAAGGCGAGGAGCUUUGCUACGACUACAAGUUUGACUUCGAGGAUGACCAGCACAAGAUCCCAUGCCACUGCGGGGCCGUGAACUGCCGCAAGUGGAUGAACUGAGCCCCCAGCCCCGUGGGCCCGCAGGCGGAAGGGGGUGCUUUUCUCACGUAGAACUCUCUGGAAACAAGCUUUGGGGAGCUCUGCUUUCCUCGGCCUCUAGCGUCCCGAGGCGGGCGGAGAGCCAGGACAGUCCAGCACUUUUUUGGUUUCUUUUCUUUCUUUUUGUGGGUGGGUUUCGUUUGUCUGUUUCUAGUCUCACUGAGGAGAAACUUCUUCUGGGGCAAAGAGCCGACGGCUGCCCUGCCCCGGGCAGGCCUUCCUAUGAAUGUAAGACUGAAAUCACCAGCGGAGGGACAGCCGAGGGCUGGCCACGGCCUCCAGACGGUCGGACUCGCGUAGACACCACUGAACCAGGAAUGUACGGAUGCCUCCUUAGGGCCGGAGCUAAGGGAUGAUAACUUGCACUAAACACACUUAAAUACUUGAUUCCAUGAGUCAGUUUAUUGUAGUUUUUGAUUUCUGUAAAAUAAGAGAAACUUUUUGUAUUUAUUAUUGAAUAAGUGAAUGAAGCUAUUUUUAAAUAAAAGUUAGAAGAAGCCAAGCUGCUGCUGCUACCUGCAGAACUAACAACCUGUUACUCUGUACAAAGGUGUAAAUAUUUUGAGAAAAAAAAUUACAGUAUAAAAAUAGUUAUUGACCAAAUGCUACCAGGCUCUGCAGCAGCUCGGGUGCUUAUAAAACGUUCAUAGGGAUGUCACAAUAUAAUUUUGCGUUCCCUAAGUAUGCCAUUUUAAUUAUGUAAUAACCAAAUUUUGGACCUAGAGUGUUUGGGGCUUUUUGGAACUGAAGGUGUCUUAGUACUGCGUUGUUUUGUACACCUUCUUUUCUUCCUCCCUUCCUUUUUUCCGCUGAGAUGAAGCGUGUGCUCCGGCUACCACUUUUGUAGCUGUUUUGGUAAUUUAAACUAAUUUUUUCAUAUUAUAUUGUUGCAUCCCUACUUCUUCAGUCAGGUUUUUUUGUGCUUAUUACAAUUUGUGAUAACUGUGAAUAAUUGCUUACAAAUACACCCCAGUUGGAGGCUGAAUUUUCUUCAGCAAGAGUAGUUUCGAUUAGAGCUUCGUUUCAGGCCACCAAGAAUCAUGUAAACACACAGGAUGGUCGGGAGCCGCCGGGCCCUCGCGCUCACCCAGCGUGGGCCUUGGCGGCAUUAGGGUUUCGGGCGAUGUGAUUUUAAAUGUGUUUGUAUGAACUGUUUGUUUACAUUUCUUUUAAUAAAGGAACACACUGUUUUGUGUUUGCUCGUAGGAACUUGACCCACAUUUGGAGCCAGGUUAGCUUUUUACUUUGUACUUACAAUGCCGGUACUGACCUUUCCCGGGCUGACUAGAUAUGGGGUUUUGUGCGCACAAUUCCAUGGUGGAGCCGCAGUGGCGGCGCUGCUGCACCUGUAAUUAUGGCAUGAUGUAUUUUUAUCGGACAGAGAAAUCAAUUGUAUAUAUUUUUUCUUGAUAAAUAGCUGUAUGAAAUUUGUUUCUUGAAUAUUUUUCUUCUCUUGUACAAUAUUCGACAUCCUGCCAGUAUUUGUUCCACUGCGUCUGGUUUGUUCUGUUUUCUGUUCUGUAUCUAAUGUUGGCAAAAUUGAAUUUUUUGAAGUAUACAGAGUGUUAUGGGUUUUGAAAUUUGUGGACACAGAUUUAGAAGAUCAUCAUUUACAAAUAAAAUAUUUUACAUCUA